GGACUUUUAUUGAACGCAUUUGACCCGGAAUUGAAUGUAAUCGACUCUCACACACGUUGCUCACAAGCAUGGCUCCCGGUGGGAAGAUCAACAGACCGAAGACAAAAUUAGGGAAGAACCUUUUCAAGAGGCGGCGGGUUAUGACCAAGCAGAAGAGGAAGAAGCACCGCAUUGUAGGAGCAGUGGUGGAUGCAGGUCUCAUAACUAAACACCAUCUGAAAAAGCGGAGCACCAGCUCCAGAGCGAACAUCACCCUUUCUGGGAAGAAAAGACGAAAGUUGCUAAAACAGCUGCGCCACAUGGAGAAAGAGAAAGCAACCAUGGAAGUUGAAGAAGCACCAAAGAAGAGACCGACUCCUGCUGAAAAGAAGAAAGAGAAGAAAAGCGCUGGUGAUGUGGAGAUGAUGGAUUUGGUAUAAAAACGAACUGUAUGGACAUUAUUAAAGCUACUAUUUUUUUUUUCCCCCCACAUGUAGACCGUACAGAAUCUGCACACGAAGCAUGUUCGCCUUUUUUGAUUACUGUGAUGAUUUUCAGAUGAACUGAAAGGAUUUCAAACUUGAUAAAUACUUCAAAACCAAUCAGCAGCACUAUAUCUGAAUUCUCUCUGUGUGUCAGAGCUGGUCCUUGCAGACCAUCUUCUUUGCAGUAUCACGAUUAAACAUCGUUACAGAACGACAGCAAGCAGAAUGUACAGUUUAAUAAAGACAUGAGGAGGAAACUGUUGGAUGAUGUCGAUUAGACUGUAUUGGAGUGUAUUGGAGCUUUUAUUUGAACAAUUAGAUUCAUUAAAUCUUUUUUUCUGACCAGAAAUUAUUUUAUUCUCUUGUUUUUGUUUUCUGUGUUUUGGAGACUAAUAAAAUUCACCUUAGUGUUUA